UAAAUAAAUGAAUUUGAUGCUAAACAUUCAAUUCAAAAAUACUGUGUGUAUAGUUAAGUAAGAAAUCGAAUGGCAAUGCCUGAAAUACAGAAUUUGGCAUUUAGUGUUUACAUGGCAGUGGGGUUAGAGAGAGGCUAUUGACUGAGAGCAGUGUGAUGUGACGUGAAUGGCAAAAGGUGGGUUGCUGAGGGAAGCAGAGCUGCAGAACAGGAUAUUCCACAUCUACCAGGCAGAGGUGGAUCUGGAAGAAAGCCAGAAGUGGUUUGUGAAAGCAACAAUAGCUUAAGGUGGUCUUGCAGAAAGGUAGAAGAAUAAGGAUGUUAUUAACACCAGUGAAGGCUCCUUUGCUGUUUAACGUUGGAUACUAGAACAGCAAGAUAAUAAACUUGCCAUGCCACGUCUACUGUGCCUCAUUUGCAGUAAUAAAUAUUCAGAGCAACUUCCUCAAACUAAAAAUGUUGGAGGAGCUUUCCGUUCAGAUCAUGGGAGCAUUUCGAUGACCCAGCACAACAGUAACUAGGAAAUUAGAGGGAAAUGUCUUCGAAAACAAGAUUGGUUGUGAAAGAAGUAGCUCCCGGGGAUGUUAAUGCGCCAAUAUGCUGCUCUGCUCGCCUCAGCUUAGCGGUCUGGGCCUUCUUGGGAUUCUUUCUCUUAUAUGCACUUCGUGUCAAUUUAAGUGUUGCCCUGGUGGACAUGGUAGAAUCAAAUGCAAGCUUGACCAAAAAUACUUCUUCAAAUGUGUGCAAAGAACAUUCUUCUACCCCAGUUGUUCCUCGUAACACUACGGGGAAAAAGUAUCCAUGGGAUGCAAAUACUCAAGGCUGGAUCCUUGGUUCCUUCUUCUAUGGCUACAUCAUUACACAGGUUCCUGGUGGAUAUCUUGCCCGCCAGUUUGGCGGAAAGAAGCUGUUGGGGUUUGGCAUCCUGGGCACUGCCAUUUUCACCUUGUUCACACCUUUGGCAGCAGAUUUGGGAGUCGGGUACCUCAUAGCUGUCAGGGCUUUGGAAGGCCUGGGUGAGGGUGUCACCUUUCCUGCCAUGCAUGCCAUGUGGUCCUGUUGGGCUCCUCCACUGGAACGCAGUAAACUUCUUAGUAUUUCAUAUGCAGGUGCGCAGCUAGGAACUGUUGUGUCUCUUCCAUUGUCUGGCUUGAUCUGUUAUUAUAUGAAUUGGAUUUAUGUGUUCUACAUAUUUGGUGCCCUAGGUGUGCUGUGGUUCAUCUUCUGGAUGUUGAUAGUUAGCGACACACCAGAAACACACAAGAGAAUUUCUCAUGCAGAAAAGGAAUACAUCCUCUCCUCCCUUACAGAUCAGCUUUCUACUCAGAAAUCCAUCCCUUGGGGAGCCAUACUGACGUCACUUCCACUCUGGGCUAUCGUCGUAGCACACUUUUCUUAUAACUGGACUUUCUACACACUCCUUACCCUAUUGCCUACUUACAUGAAGGAAAUUCUGAGGUUUGAUGUGCAGGAGAAUGGAUUUUUAUCUGCACUGCCUUAUUUUGGCUGCUGGAUUUGUAUCAUUCUAUCUGGUCAAUUUGCUGAUUAUUUGCGGGAAAAGCAAAACAUGCCCACCGUAUGUGUUCGCAAAACAUUUACCCUGAUAGUAGUAACAAGAGCAUUCCUGUGCAACUUGUGUUCCAUAAUACCAAAUGCAGCUCCUCAACUCAGCCUUGUAUGGUGGCCCACCAAGGACUUUAUAAACACUUCACUUUUGCUGCUUUUGCUCUCAGUAAAUGGAAUGAUUGGACCUGCGGUUUUCCUUGUAGCAGCUGGAUUCAUAGGCUGCGAUUAUGAAAUGGCUGUUGCAUUUGUAACCAUAUCCACAACACUAGGGGGUUUUUCAACAUCUGGAUACAGCAUCAAUCACCUCGAUAUUGCACCAUCAUAUGCUGGCAUUCUCCUUGGAAUUACAAAUUCAUUUGGCACUAUCCCAGGAAUGGUGGGACCACUUGUUGCUAAAAGCCUGACUCAUAGUAAUACUGUGGGAGAAUGGCAGACUGUCUUCUAUAUCGCCGCUGCCAUUAACUUAUUUGGAGCCAUCUUCUUUGCAUUAUUCAGCAGUGGAGAAGUUCAAGACUGGGCACUCAAUGGCUACCACUUGCAUAGGAACUGAAGGAACCCUGGGGUUAAUCACCGCCACACCUUGCAAUCAUGUGACCUGGAACGCCUUUCACAUGAUGUCUGCAAAGCCUAUUGUGACCCUUUCUUGUUGCAGCUGGAAAUUAUUUCACAUUUCAAUAUGCUCAUUCUGUAAGAAGAAUGUGGGAUCCAGUCUUACACAAUUGAUUGGUGUCAGAUACCUGUGACACAUUCUAAUCAGUGCAUCAACUUUUAAAAAAACGUGCCUGAAUUAAAUAUUAGUUGGAGGGGGUGUGACACAGAAAAAUAUGAGAUUUUGUUGGUUAAGGUAAUUUUAGGUAAGGGUUGUUAGAAUUAUUGCUGGUUUUAGCUGUAUUUAUUUAUCUUGUAUGAUUAAUCCAAAAAGUAAUGGAAAUUAAAAACAGGGAAUUAAUCCUUGUGCCCUCUUAAAGUAUGUAUUUGUGAGCAUGUGUCCACUGUGACAGAAAUGGACAAUCUCUAGCUUUCCAGAUGUAGCUGGACUACAACUCCCAUCCUCCUCCACCAUUGGCUAGGGCUGAUGGGAGCUGGAGUCCAGCAACAUUGGAGGGCGUACCUUUCUGCUCAGGCCUUGCUUUUGAACUUCCAAUAGUCAUCAGGUUGGGCACUAUGAGAACAGGAUGCUGGGCCUAGAUGGGAAGUAGGCCGAAUCCAGCAGGCUCUUCCUAUGUUCUCUGUGCUGUGUGGUUUCACCAGACCUGUGAAGCACAAAUGCUGCUACAUCAUGGAGGAAAAUAAGCCCAAAGUCUCUUACUAUAUGGAGAAAUUCAGCAAUGAUGUUGAUUUGAAGGAGCGGUUUCUCUUUCCCCUCCUUUUUUCCUCUCACUGUCCUAAUACUCAUUUUGAGCAACAAACCACAAUUACCCAGGCAGAAUAAGACCAAGUGGCAGCAGGAUCAUACUAAAAGUUGGUGGCAAAAUAUGUACCAACGCAAUCCUGUGUAUAUAUACUUGGAAGUCCCCCUGGGGCUUCAGUGGGACUUAUUCCCAGGUAAGUGAGUACAAGAUUGCAGCCGAAUUGACUAUUAGGUUUCUGAAUGAAUAAACCUGAAGGUUAAACUAACAGUGUAUCUGCAUAGGCUCUCUUCAGGGAUUGGGUGUGCCCAUGUAACUGAUUGAGAAUCCUACAGCCCUCAGCCAGUCAUUGACGUCUGUCAGUUCACAUUGCAGAUAAGGCCUGUGUCAGCUUAUUUUGUCACAAUGAGAUCCAGAAUACUAGUAAGGGGUUGGCCCACAUUGCAGUGCACCUUCUUUUUCAGAGGAUCUCUCCCUAACUUCAUAUUUGAUGCUAGCAUGCCAAACUGGAAAUGGAGGGAAUAUCCAUGCACAGAACCACCUAAGAGAUACAAGGAAGAAGAAGAAGAAGAAACUUUUUAGAAUAGGUUUUGAGAUUCUUCCCGUACCCGUGCUGAUUUUUUUAUUUUUUAAAAACCCAAAAAUUAUUGAAGAGCAGCAUUGGGGUUUCUCCACUACUGCUGUGGUUUGAAAAGCCAUGCCACACCCUGGUCAGAAGACAGCCUCCAGAAGUAGAGCUGAGGUUUCAUGUCUACACACUAAGCGUAAGUGCCAUUGAAUCCACACUGGGACAUAAUUCUGAAGAGCUCUGCCUCGUACGAUGGAAAUGUGAACUUCCGUAGCACUGAAUGUGCAGUUGUGAGUGGGAAUGACAUGGUGGGCUAGGCAGCUGAGGCUUUGGCCUCGAUAUAGAGUACUAGGACACAACAGGCUAAAUGGUCCUCUUUUGGAUCAUUCCAGGUGUAAAGCAAUCCAAAGGGGGGGGACACACUUUGGUGUUCCUUCCACCAACCCAAAGGGAAACCUGAUACACCUCCCACACGCUGCUCCAGUGGAGCCCAGCUGACUUCAUUUCUGAGAAAUGACAGGUUACUUUUGUUAGCCAGCUUUACAUACAUUUUAAUUUGCAUUGAAAUGUGAUAAUGACAUCUUGUCAGCUGUGUUGUAUUUUGCAACUUUCAGUGUAAUAAACAGUGCGGGCAUUUUG